AUGUCUCUUGUGGGCUAUCUUUUCGGCAAAAGGAGACUGCUUCGUACUCUACCCUUUCGUCUGCUUGAUUUCGUCUGGAAUGCCCCCCUUUUAGUUUCUCUUGUUUUACUGUUUCUGUACACCUGUGCGUCCCUGAUACAUUCGUACAAUUCCCUAAACAUAGCAUUGAGUCGAAACUCCAUAUCGUUAGACGACCUGCCGCAAGGCUAUGUGAAGGCACUCGAAGAUGCCAUCAGCAAGAAUCAGCCAACUUACAAUGUCACCCUCCUGAAGGAUAAAGACGCGACACCAAUACCAAGAAUCAUACACCGAACUUAUAGUACCCCAGAAUUUCCGGAAAUCUGGAGAGAUGCCUAUAACUCUUGUCAAGUUCUGCUCCCGGAAUAUCAGCACUACUUCUGGACCGACGAAAAAGCUCGCGAUUUCAUUGAGGCCAACUUUAAAUGGUUUUUAGCCACGUAUGAUGGGUAUAGAUAUGGGAUUCAGCGGGUGGAUGCGCUGCGAUAUUUCCUACUCUGGCACUAUGGUGGAAUAUACAUGGAUAUGGAUAUAGGAUGUCGACGUGAUAUUCGCCCACUACUUGAUUUCCCGGCAUGGGUACCGCGAACAUGGCCUUAUGGUGUCAGCAACGACUUGAUGGCGAGCUCUCCCGGCCAUCCGUUGAUGAUAAAAGCUGCAUUAAGCCUUUAUGAUCACAACUGGUGGUACGUUAGUAAGUAUGUAACAGUGUUCUUUACCACAGGGCCGAUGUUCUUUAGCGGAAUUAUCUUGUCGUGGUUCGAAAUAUUGAAGACGGGUGCAAAAGAUGAUAUAGCCAGUUUCAAGGGGCCACACGGCCUUGCCAUAUUGCCGUCGCAGCUGUACGACACAACGGAAUAUACUUUCUUUUCGCAUUUCCCUGGAUCCACAUGGCAUGGAAACGACGUUGCAGUCCUUUCAUGGCUGUAUCAUUAUCUCUGGAUAUUCUUCUUGGUGGCUUUUGCCCUGAUGAUUGUCUCGGUUGUCCUUGGACCAACGAGGCGCGCAAAGAGGCGAAUGCCUCGUUUUAUGAUGAAGCAAGAGCUGGUGUGA